AUGUCGAGUGGGUCGAGUUCGAAUCUGGAAGACCUGUAUUUGCAGUCGUACUCGUUUACGACGACGGCGGCCAUCAUUGGGUCUGUCGACAGGAAGGUGUUUGUGUUGCUGAGAGACGGCAGAAGCGUUAUAGGCGUGCUGAGAACGUUUGACCAGUUUGCCAACCUUGUCAUUCACGACGGCGUGGAGCGGAUUUAUCUGGACGGCUCGCGGUACGGCGAGUCGACCGAGCCGCAGAUCUUCCUUAUCAGAGGUGAAAACGUUGUUAUGAUGGGCGAAUUGGACAUCGACAAGGAGGACGAGCCGCUUGAGAAGCUGACGAGAAUAGACUACGGGGCCGCCUUUGGCGAGUGGAAAAAAGCACAGACGGAGAUCGUGGAGAGACACACCAUCGAGGACAAGCAGCUGAGAAGCAAGGGCCAUCUGACGUCGUUUUUGACCGACGAGUUCUACUAG